AUGGAACAACAUAUGCAACCGAACAAGAAUGGGCAAGCUUCUCACACCAUGCGGAUACGUUUUCCAGAGUCAAAGACAAGGGUACAUCCAAAGGAUAUGGCAUCGAACAGCUUAUCGAGUGUGGACUUAAUUAUGAUACAAUAUAUAACGAACAAAAAUAGAAUAACAACGGCACACUUAGUGGAAAACUCGAUAGGGUUGCUUACAGGCGACGAAGAAUGCCAUGAUCUCUUUAGUGACCUUAUCGAUCCUGUUAUCUGUGAGGUUCUUAAUGUUAACCAGAUAAAUGCAUUAGAAAUAAACUUGAACUGGAAGGAAAUUCAACGUGGAAAGUUUUACGGCGAUAAGGUGCUCUCCUCUGGCCAUGGACUGAGCACUAGUCGAAUAUAAAAGGAAUCAGUCUAUUCCCGGAUGUUCAACUGCAGAGUUAUUAGAUGCUAGUCACUUAAUAGUGGAAAGUUUAACCUCUGUUAAUAGUAAGAAUUUUAAUUCUAUGUUACAUUGAGCUACAGAAUGGCUCCAUCAUCCCCCUCCCCGCACAACCGAGGGAUCUGAGUACCCAGGGUGGGGUACGUAAUUGUCACCAAAGGUCUCCCCGAAGCUGAAGUUUUUGUCCUAACGUAGGAAUUUCACAUUUUCUUCUUUUUUCAGAAAAGCAUCAUAUACAGUAAAAACCCGCGUGUAAGAACUUAUAUAUCUUAAGUGCUUGAAUUUCCGACAUCCCUUGGAGUCGCAUACUCGCGAAAAGAAGUGUCUGAAAAACUUAACUAUCUUAAUCUAGUGUAACUUCUUUGACAGACAAGUUUGAACGUUGCUACCUCUCGUCAUCACAACAAUACAGCAAGCUUGCCUUGGAUGCCUUUGCCGGCUUCAACCCAGGACCCCUUACAACCACAACUAUCACGUGACUAGACUAGAGGGCGCCUUAUUUGGAUCACUGCAGACCAACAGUGCCGCAUUUUUGUAAAUUACUUUGAUCAUUUGAAACUUAAUGUUACGCAACCAGGAGGCAACAUUCUUAAAGCAUUUAGAAGAUACACCGAGUUGUUGCCGGGAGAGCGUACAUGGAAGAAAGUUUGAAACAGACAGGACAAAGGUUUGCGUGGACUUCAAAAUACGGAUUUUUGUCGUUUCACCGGAAAAUAUCGGCACGGGUCUUGAAGUACAGGUGAAGGUUCGAUUACCAAAGCUGAUCAAGGUACAAAAUGCUGGGUGAUGAUACAAGUGUGAUUUCUCCUUACUGAGAGACAACCUUAAUUUUUGUCAAUUUCCCGUCUGGUAGCCUGCGUAGCUAACUAGUAGUAUUUUUUAUGUGCUCUUCUGUCGUGUUUCGUAAAAUGAGGUUUGGCCGGUAAAAAUGAUGAGCUGCACCCCUUCCCAAGCCCCUUCUCUGGAUCCGCUACUGUAACUAUAGUAACGUUAAGCUGAGCGCGAGGUUAGCUGGUAGCCUUUCUUUGGCGGCCAUCUUUUACACGCUUUUUUAAUAUCUUUAUUCCCCCUUCCAGUCUAACAUUUGAAAACGCCAACAGUUCUGUGUUCUUUCUUGCCAUGUCCAGGAUCCCAGACUUAAACGCAUUAUACAUGUCCUGCCAGUGAAAAGUGAACAUGGAGGUAAGAGAUUUGAAUAGAAAAAAAAAGCCUUCCAGUCAUUUUUCACUUUCACUAGUACAGAUUUGAUUCAGGGAUUACUUGGGCUACUUAGACCCCGUUUUUAUGAAGAAAACUGUUACGAAAAAUUGUAUUGCGUGACUGGCGUGACUUUCUAGAAGGUUCGCGAGAGUUCGUAGUUUGUUUAUUUUAGGAUAUUGUGUAAGCGUUUCUAAAGCGGUAUAUUUUGUAAUCUUUCUAUAAUUAAAGUAUUUAGCAUGUUCUAGAAUCUUAUUGUAAAAGUAUAUAAGUAGGCGCCCGAGUUAAGUUUUAACUAGUUUUCACAAGCGAAGAGAGUUCGACGUUGGUCGUGUUUAGUCAAGUGUGACGAAAGCAGAGUUUAUUCAAGUUGGCGGAGGCCGUGUAAGUUUAUCAAGUUCAGUGAAGUUGGCGGAGGCCGUGUAAGUUUAUCGAGUUACGUGCUGUUGUGAAGUUUUACUUCGUGGAAACUACGUUCAUUCUUGGAAUAAAUCUUCUUGUUACUGUUCCGACAACCCUGCGUUCAGUUUGGUUUGCAAGCUACCCGUCCUCUAAAAGAUUACCAGCGUAACAAAAACCUGUCCCAGGAAGAAAGAUCACCCUCCCUGGCGGCGCGAGUCAAAUUUAGCGAACCUUUGUAUGAUAAAAAAGUCGACCCCUUUGCCCUUAACCUAUUCCCGAGACAACAGCGCUCGUGCAUGCUCCGAUUGUCACACCUUGACCGUGUUGACCCGGCUAGGCUAGCCAAACUGUUUAGAUGGUAAACAGUUCGCCCGGCUAGGAGGGUGAACCUUCCAUCACAACAAUAAUGACCAGCGGCCAUAGGCGUACGGGAAAUUUUUUGCCAGGGGGGGCGGUAAACCAUUUGCCCAAAAACACCUCACAAGUUGCCCAAAUUUUUACGAAAGAGUCGAAAAGAAAUGAGGGCCAUAUUGCAACAACAUAGGCCGUCCUGGCAUAUGAAGGUGGCUCGACACAGUUUUUAAUGGUCAAUACCAAGUCUGAGCAUAAACUACGUCGCCAUAAACAAACAUUUGGAAAAACUGCGACCAUCAGGGUCGCAAUGACAUGGGCGUUGUCAUAGCAAUGCAAUGACUCCAUUACCUAAUUUACUUCAGCAAUGAUUCUCGGGACGGGAACCUUGCAAGCUUACGGUCGCCUGGAUGUUCGUGAAGUUUAAGCAAAACCUUAAGAGCGUUAUCGAGAUAUUUUGCAAUGAAGUUUUUAUUAUUAGAAAUUCGGUAGGAAAAGGAAAAUCUUCAUUUUUGGCCGUUAUCUGUAGAGAACGAAGCGCUUUUGACCUGCAAUUUCACCUCAUAGUAGUUUUAGUCUUUUUAAAAACAUGUGUGAAAGAUCGUGGAAAUGGCUCUGCUUGAUUGCUAGAAUCGAAAGAAGGAUUUGAUUAGUAUGUACCGAGACAUUCUUGUUAGCAGUUUUGUAAACAUUUCGGUCUACUUUAACAAAUAAGCGAAUUAUUUUAAACCACUCAAUAGAUUUUUUAAACGAAUUAAGAUUCUUCUCGUAAUUCAAACUGAGAAUUAGUCAGCCACUUCUUAAUUUUCAUACCCAUUGUAGCCUACGUAGCAAGCGUUUCCAGUCGAACUCGCGCGGAAACGCUUGCUAUGCAGGCAAUACCCAUUGCUAAAUGCUAUCUGCCAUACACUGUUCGUCGGGUGGAGAUGAUUCUAGAAAGUUAUGCGAAAGUUUAUUUUAAUCAAUUCUCGACUUGAAAUAGCCCAUUCCAGCUAGUGCAGUGCAGUAUAGUGCCCAACCGAAAAAAACUGCAAAUAUGUAAAUUACUCUUCACAUGCUAAGCAACCACUGUAAUGUAACUGGAUUAUUACGCCGACUUCAGGUUAAUCUUCAGGUUUUUAAAAUAACUAAAUAAAAUGGAGACAUCUUUAAAAACUGGCUUUGCCUAAAUUUUCUCUCGCUGCCCAAAAAAUCUGAGUUGCCCAAAAUUUGGGGGGGCUGCAGCCCCCCUCGCCCCCCCGGCCCGUACGCCUAUGCCAGCGGCUGAGCGAACCACCCUUCUAGCCGAGCCAAGUUUUCGCUUCUCAUAGAAAAGCAGGGUUUCCCAAGUUUGGUAAGGAAAUGUAAGGAAAGUUGGAUCGCCCAGGGUAGCCCGGGUAGGUGGUAGCCUGUGCGCAGACGUCCGCCUCCCUCAGCAAAAAUCGAGGAGAGAGAUUUUUUCAGAGGGGAGGGGGACGUCUGUACACAGGCUAGUAGAUGGGUGAUCCCUCUACCGCGAACACUUUUCUCCAUAUAAACGGGGUCUAAUUCUUGCACUUUUUUGUGUUUUUAAAGGUAUAACUACAUCGCUUUCCCUUGCACACAACGUUUGACUACAGACCUAAUAAUGAACACUGUCGUGGCUUGCUGUCCUCAUAGUCACUAUACAGUUAUUAACCAGAUGAAUCACAAGGAAAUGAUGUCGUAUGCAUUAGCAACAAGCACAAAUUGUGUUUCACAGAGGUCAGAUGAUAAUUGAGUAACUGUUUUAAUAACAUUAGCCACCGUAAAUUUAAGGCAUUAAGCCUUUUUUGAUGUUUAUUACUGUUGUUUGAAGGUUGAAGUUGUGCGACAGGUUAUCAACACUGUCAUGUUGCUACUGGAGCUUGACAAGAGAAUUCAACGAGGAGAGAAUAUUCAAGAUUUGCUGCCUUAG